CGAACUUCCGACGGUGCCACGCGCAAUUUUGCAGCCUCCCCUGCGAGAUGGUGGCUGCCGCAAACGGCCAGAGCCGCCGCCUGCAUUGGUAGCCUUUGCCUGCAAGGAAACCAACCAGGGCGCGCGCAAGCAAGCAAGCAAGCAAGCGUGAGAGCGCCGCCUCGCCUCUUUCUCGCCUACCCCCCUCCCCAAAUCAGUGCCGCCGCCUCCCCUCGACCCCCACCCCACCCCUCUCCACAGCCCCCCUUUGGGAGUCUAUAAACCUCCCUUUGCUUUCUAGCCCCGGCUGGGAUAGCUCGCCAGAUCUAGCGGAUGGGAGCCCUUCCCGACACCCGGAUGGCUGGCUGAUGGGCUUCACUGUCACUUCGUGGGAGCAUGCUGUGCAUUCUGACGUAGGGGCGUAACCCACUUGUUUGAGCAGGCCUACCAUGAUGCAAGAUGGGGAAGCCGAGGCACAGAGAAUCCAAUAACCUGGCUCAGAGCUUCCUACUAGCCCAUCUGGAAGGAGAAAUCGGGAGACCUGCAGCCACUCCGCAUCACUACUUUGCAUAGUUUGCAAGGAGUGAAGACAAAUGGGAUUGUAGAUCCUCAACACAUGGAGGUGUGACUGUCUUUGUUGGGGACAAAAAAGAGAGGAGAGUAAGUAAGUUUGUAGCACAUAUUUGCCCUGUAUACUGAUGAUCGUGCAAGACUCUUGUUAUUAACCUGAAUGUUAUGACAGGAGCUGCCACCUUGACAUUCUGCUGAUAUAAUUUAAAAUCCGAGGAAAACAUUUGAAAGCAUGGAAGAGGCAGAAGAAAAUCACAGUGCUCCUGAGGUGACCAACAGCAGCCACCAUGAGAGCAAAAGCCACCGGAUGGGUCUUCACCUGCUGAUAAAAAUGAUCAACAAGUCUCGAUGGAAGAUUCUCGGACUACUGGCUAUAUUUUUAGUGAUGGUGUGGUAUACAGUAUCCCGGGAAGAAAGGUACAUACAGCUUUUUGAUUUCCAUUUUCAAAAUGACAAGAUGACUUGUCCUCUGGGCGAGGUGGAGAGGAAAGCUGCACAGCUCAUUGCAAAUUACACACGGGACCAUCCACUAUUUUUACAGCUGAAGGAUUACUUCUGGGUAAAGACCCCCUCCGUCUAUGAGCUGCCAUAUGGUACUAAGGGAACCGAGGAAAUUCUUCUGCGAGUUCUGGCAAUCACAAGUUACUCUCUCCCCGAGAGCUUACAAAGGUUGAAAUGCCGGAGAUGUGCAGUCGUAGGGAAUGGAUACCGGCUCCGAAACAGUUCGAUGGGAAACGCUAUUAACAAAUACGAUGUUGUGAUCAGGUUGAACAAUGCACCAGUCCAUGGUUACGAGAAUGAUGUGGGCUCUAAGACCACUAUGCGGCUCUUCUACCCAGAGUCAGCACACUUCAACCCCAAAACUGAAAAUGACCCCAAUACACUGCUGGUACUGGUGGCAUUCAAACCUAUGGAUUUCCAAUGGGUGGAGACGAUUCUCCACGACAAGAAGAGAAUUCGGAAGGGCUUCUGGAAACAACCUCCCUUAAUUUGGGAUGCGAAACCUGAGCAAGUGCGGAUUCUGAACCCGUAUUUUAUGGAAAUCACCGCUGCUAAAUUGCUUCACCUUCCAGUGAAGCAGCUGGGGAGGUUAAAACAGGUAAGAGAGAAACCAACCACAGGAUUAGUGGCCAUCACGUUAGCAUUGCACUUCUGCGACGUGGUGCACAUUGCAGGCUUUGGAUACCCUGACUCUGCCAACAAGAAGCAGACCAUUCACUACUACGAGCAAAUCACAGUGAAGUCGAUGGCUACUUCAGGGCACAAUGUCUCCCAAGAGGCAUUAGCAAUAAAAAAGAUGCUUGAAUUGGGACUCAUCAAGAACCUCACUUACUUCUGAUGGAAUAUGGACUGCAGUCCCCCCCACGCCCCACACACACCCUUGAGCUGGCUGCUGGACCAACUGGGGCACGUUGUGGCUGAUAGUGUCUCCUGCAUAGCUGCCCCUUCCCCCCACCCCCAGUACUGACUGGUGCAAAGACCCUGCAACUUUGCUCGAGUGACACGCAGGCUGGGUGGAAGCACGCGCUUGUUCGGUGUAUUGACAGCUAAGGACGGAGAUGGCCCUGGGAAGAGGUUGGACGAUGGUGACUGCCGUUGGAGGCAAAUGGCCUUGGUGGACACUGCCCCCUACAGGGGACACUUCAUUUGGACGAUUGCAGGAGUUCCUUGGCUUCAGACUGAGACUUAUAGAAACCGAAGCUCCUGAAAUCUUCACCAGUGGCAGCUGAGAUGCACACGGCGGGAGGUGGGGGGGGGGCAAAGCCAGUCCCACAAACGUUCCCACGGGGUCAAGUGAUCCCCCCCUCAAUGGCGUGAAGCUCCAUUAAUCAUUUUGGACUUCUCACUUCAAGAGACACAGUGGUGGCUGGCUGUUUACUUCUCUUUUUAAGUUAUAACCAGCUCAGGUGAGACCUGAUGGACCAGGAAGCAAUUGAAUGAAGGAUUGUUCGUUGUUUGCCAUCUUCUUCAUCUUUUUUUUUCUUUUCAAAUGAAGAUGAGACAAAGUAUACAAGUUCAAGUCCCCCCCCCCCUGUCCAGCGGAAGAGUUUAGGAGGCCCAGGAGAACAGUUGUUAGGGAUGCAAGGAGUUGGCGAUAAUGUUUAUCGCUCAUCCAGUUGUUAUUUGGGGGGCAAAACUGUGGCAAAAGGAAAGAAUACCCUACAGUAUUUGUUAGCCGUUUUUAUACUAAAGACAGCGGAGCUGAACUGUCCAUUUGGGCUUUCUGGACGCUUGGUUGAAAAUUAAUCCCCCUUCUGUGAAGGGUGUGUGUGCAUCCAUGUGUGUAUGUGUUGUGUGUGUGUGUGUGUGUCUGGCCCAGGUUCAGCAUCUCAAGUCUGUCACAUAUAAGCUGUAGGCUUCUUUCUUCCAGUAUAUGGGAAUUAUUCCCCACCAGGAAUAGGACUGCAGUACAAACGAACUCUCCUGGCCAAAGUGGAGUCUUGAAAGAAGGGGGGCGAAGAUGGAAUAGUGAGAAAUUGUGUGUCCGCUUAAAGAGAAAAGGGACAGGCACAGUGUUGUUCCUCUCUAGUAGAACCGAAACUGUACAGCACCUUCGCCUGUCGUUUCCACUGUUGUUAGGAAGAUGAGUAUUUUUUGUCAUUCGCAACGAAGGCUCUUCUCUGGGGGGCUGGACGUAGGAGGAACGUUGACAGUAGGCUGCCUCGUCACAAAGCCAGGGGAGUGGAGGUGGUCCAGACAUUUCAGAAGCAGCCUCCAGGUCUUUGAGGGGGCAUAAGGAAGAUCCCAACACUGGCAAUCAAAGAAUUACAACGGGGUGAGGAUUAAAAUAUUGAUUCCGGCACAACACCAUAGAGAUAGAUGUAGAUAUAGAUGUUAAAGAGGCAUGGGAGUGUCCCUUAAGUUGAGUUCCCCCCUCCCUCCCAAAAAAAUGUUCUACCAUUAUAAUCCUCAAAAUUCUACUGUUUAUAAAAAUGACACCUGUAGAGCUAAUAGUUUGAAACUUGGCCUCCAUUAUCUUCCAAAUAUGUUCUACACUUAAGCAAAAUUUCAACCCAAUCCGUUACAAAUUGCCACAGAUACGGUGGCAGCUGGUCACAUAUCUUUCUUUCAAAUUGUGGAGAAAUCCACUGAUAUACUUUAUUCAAUCUUGUUGAAGAGGUAUGUCUUUUGUUGGCUGGGUGAAAUUCUGAGUAGCUUUCCUAAAAAAAACCCCCGAUCACGUUCUUUCUGCCCCAUGAGAGUCUAUGGCAGCAACUUCUGGCAACUUUAUGUUCGAUAGGUUCAGUUUCAUUCUGAAACUAACAUGUUACCACUACACUCCAGUGUGUGUGCAUGUGCACAGGAAUCAAUAUUACAUGGUUUUGUGCAGGAAUCAAAAUUUGAAUUCCUCCUUGCCAGUCCCCCGUUGGGAUCAAAGUGUGUUUAUAUCCCAUCAGCAAAGUGCACUUAUUUCUGGUUAAGGGGUCUGGAUUGACUGUUGCUGAAUCUGGAGCUUUCUGAUUCAUCCACUGGGGAGAAGGCAAAGGGAGGUAGAUGACAGGAUACAUCCCCCCCGUACGUCACCACCAAACUUCGUAUGCACAGCCAACGUGCCUUAGCCAUGCUUGCAACUGCCCAAGCUCCAGGGCUCUGCUGAGAAUGCAGCUUCCAAAGGCUUGGGCCAACACGUUCAUUAGAAGGUGGUUGAUUAGAUGGAGUUGCCUGUGGUAUAGCCCAUAAGGAUGCCCAGGGAACGUGACCUCGGGAGCUGGUUUAUCACAGAAAUCUGGACUGUUCCUUGGGGGUAAGAAGGGAAGAGAGAUUGUUUUACCUAAAGAUUAUGAUUCCAAAGGGGUUUGAAUCCCUCAGGGAACGUUGGAAGUGUCUUUCCUGACUAAGUGAUUCUGCAGUUCAGUGUUAAGUAAUUUAAUAAAUUUAAUUUAAAGCUA